AGCUCUGCCUUGUCGGUCUUCUAUGACGAUUUCCGCUGUGUUUUCCGCCCUCUCUACCUCCUCUGACCAUUUCCGGUGUGUGUUCCGCCCCUCUCCGGCUGCUUCGCCACGUCAGGUCAGCGCUGCCCUCCCCUCCCCAUCCCGGUAGAUAGUGACAGGGUGUGAAGGAUGGAGACUCUCUACCGAAUCCCGUACACGGUGCUGGAAUGUCCCAACCUGAAGCUGAAGAAGCCGUCCUGGCUCCAUAUGCCCUCAGCUAUGACGGUGUACGCAGCCGUGGUGGUCUCCUACUUCCUCAUCACUGGAGGGAUCAUUUAUGAUGUCAUUGUCGAGCCACCUAGUGUCGGAUCCAUGACAGAUGAACAUGGACACCAAAGACCGGUAGCUUUCCUGGCCUACAGAGUGAACGGUCAGUAUAUCAUGGAAGGACUGGCAUCAAGCUUCCUUUUUACCAUGGGAGGUUUAGGGUUCAUUAUCCUGGAUCGAUCCAAUGCACCAAAUAUUCCAAAGCUGAACAGAUUUUUGCUGCUUUUUAUUGGAUUUGUUUGUGUUCUGCUCAGUUUCUUCAUGGCGAGAGUCUUCAUGAGGAUGAAGUUGCCAGGAUACUUGAUGAGCUGAAGACGCCUAUCAUCCAUACUUUUCAGUUCUAUAGCAGUAAUGAUUGGAAGGAAUGCAAUGUUCACGCUGUAAAAAGAUGUAGAAAUUGCAUGCAAGUGGCAAGAAAAGAACUAAGGGUUACCGACAGCAAAAUAUUUUUGUAAUUUUUUUUCACUGCAUUAUAUCCUUAUUUCGUUCAGAAUAAAACCUUCUGUUUUGGUAAUUUGA